CUGCACACAUCCCCGAAGGCCAGAAGAGGGCACCAGAUCUCAUUACAGAUGGUUGUGAGCCACCAUGUGGUUGCUGGGAAUUGAACUCAGGACCUUUGGAAGAGCAAGCAGUGCUCUUAACCUCUGAGCCAUCUCUCCAGCCCAACUUUUUUUCUUUCUUCGUAUUUUAUUUACACAUAAGUUGUUGGAAGCUACGCUACGAUUCAGUCUUAAGCAAUAGUAUUCUGUGAGCCUGGGCUGGGAAACCAGGAGCAGCUGCAGUUUCUUACUGGCUCCUUGUUGUGACCUGGAGUAUGGUGGCCUCCAAGUAGCCAGACUUCUAUGGUGGCUCAGGGUGAGUUCUAGAAAACAAGGAGAAAGCUGUGUAGCCUUUAAAAAAUAUCUAGAAGUGUUGCUGUGGCCAUCUCAUUAGUUACAAUCAGAUCACAAGUUUGCUCAGAUUCAUAGGAAGGGAACCUAGGUCUGGAGGAAGAUCAAACACAGUGUAUCGAACUAAACCAACGAAUAAACAGAGAGCCGGGUGCAGUACCACACAUCUGUAAUCUGAACACUUGAGAAACUAACACAGGAGGCUUUCAAGUUGAAGCCAACCUGGACUACAUAAUGAGACCCUGUCUCAAACAACAAAUACUAAAAAGAAACACCUCCCACAAAGUUGGACUAGGAUUCAGCCCCUGUCAGUCUGGCCCCAGACCUCCUUGUUUGAACACAGGCCGCUGCAAGGCACAUGUAAGUUAGUUCAGGCAAAGGAAUGGGGAGGGAGGUUCCUGCGAGCCAUGUGUGUUCACAGUAAUGAGGUCCAGCUGUGACCUGGAGCAAGCCACAGGAAGCUGUUGUCAGCCUCUCAUCAUCUCUGGUCUCUGCAUAUCAGUUUGUGAAGGCGAAUUGUAUGUGUCAACUUGACCAGGCCAUACGGUGCCUGGAUAUUUGGCUCAACAUUAUUCUGGGCGUUAUGGUUUGAAUAACAUCAUCUCCUUUGACAAUAUUGCCGUAAUUUCCACUCACAGCUGCGGUGGCUGUGUUGAGAGGUGGUAUCCUACCAUGUGACUAGGUUAUAAAGUGGACUUAUUGCCAUUCAAGGUGUCUCACAGGACUGAACUAGUCACUAUGAGAGUUAUAAAUAAGGUUAUAAAGUAAGACUGCCUCCUUUGCGUGCAUCCACUUACCUUUCUGCUUUUCCACUAUGGGAUGAAGCAGCUGUAGCCCUCACCAGAUGUGGCUGUUCAAACACGGACUUCCUAGCUUUCAGAACCAUGAGCCAAGAUCAGCUUUUCUUUAUAAACUAUCCACUUCUAAGCGUUCUGUUGCAGUAACAGCAAAUGGACUAAGACACUGGAUGUGUCUGUGAAGAUGUAGAUGAGGUGAAUAUGUGAACUGGUAGAGUGAGUGAGCAGAUGCACCCCCACCUCCCAGUGUGGGUGAACCUCCCAAUCAGUUGCAAGUCUGACCAGCACAGAAAGCCUGAUCCUCCUAGGAGUAAUGGGAUGCUGACGCCCUUCCAACUGGCCUCCAGCCAGCCAACUGCAGAUUUGGGGCUUGUCAGCCUCUGGAAUUUUGUGAGCUGAUCCCUUGUGAUCACUUUCUUCCUCCCUCCUCCUCCUGCCCCUCACACACACUCUCCCCCCAUCCCUUUUCCUCUCCCUCUCUCUUUCUCUCUUCUCUCUCCUCCCUUCCCCUCUCUCCAUUGUCUUGAGUGUUUCUCUGGAGAACCCCUGGUGCAAGGUUCCUCUCUCUACUCCAGCAUCCUCUGACUUCCCAGAAUUUCUGCUCCCCACAUACUUGUGUUGUGUGUUCCUUGGCUACCUAAGCAUGAACUCCAAUGGGAGCAGCUACUAACCCAAAUCACAGGAAGAUGAUUCUGGGGGUACCACCGUGGGUCAGAAAUGGGGCACAAGAGGUCAGUGUUGAGUCUUAUAGAGCUUUCCUGUGUAGGGUCACUACAUCAGCAGGGGCGGAGGCAGAUAAGGGUGAAGGACUCAGCUCCCCAAAACCUGUAGUCUUACUUGUUCUGUGCCGGUUAUUCAGCUACUUGGGUCAGGCUGUGUCUCUCUGGCGGCUUAUAUGACUUGGACGUCUUUGGGGACAUGGCAGCAGUGUUUUAAUCCACUUGAGUAGGUUGGGGGAGGUUUCCUGGGGACAGAGUGGAGGCCAGGGUGGUGUCUUUCCAUACUUUACCACAUCUUUAAGAGACUCCAGUGGUGACCUGAGGCUGGGGACCCAAGUGGUCAUAGGAAGGAGGCCAUGUUUGGUUUUUGCUGAGUGGUCAGAGUAUGUAUGUCUUGUGACGAGUUUCCUGUGGGGCUGGCCUUCCUGGGAAGUUCAUGGUUCAAGUGGAUUCGGAGGCUGAUGACAGCUGUAGUGUUUCCUAGUGUCCAUAGAUGGAAGUUGAGUCCUUUGCUUACUACUUAUAGCUCAACUUCUCAGAGUCUUCUUGCCUCUUGUCACAUGGAGACAAUGAAAUGGUCCGUCUCACAGGUUUUAGGGGAUGCAGAGCACCGUCGAAUUCCAGCCUUGCCCUCCAGGUCCAUUGCAUUAAAGGGUAAAGUGGGAUCAAGGGAUGUCCCCAUCCUGAGGUCCCACAGCUGGAGAAACACACAGCAGGCAGAGUCGGGCUCCCCAAGUGUGGAUCUCAAGAUGGGUCUGUAUACCCACCCCUCCUCUCAGGGUCCUGCCUGGCUCCUCCUCAUUGACCCAUCUCCAGGCAUUUGGACCUUUCUCUUUCUCACCACACAGGGAAAGAGUUUCAUCUUUUCCCAGACUAAAGCUGAAGUCCCAGUUACACACAGUAAUGAAAGCCACAUCUGGAGACCAAAUGUGUGAGUUAGGUUCCCUCCUCUUGAGUUGUAGCACGCUAGGUAAUUGGAUUAUUUGUGAAACACUCCCGUGCCUCAGUUUCCCCGUUUUGAACUGAGGGUGGUUUCUAAAGUGCCUCUCUCAGAACUAUUGUGGGAGGCGAACCAGGUAGAGGAGGAAAGCAGCCAGCACAGCCUGGUACCUGUGGCUGUUAGAUCUUCCUCGGCGGCUACUCCCACUCCCCGCUGAGCCCCUUGGCCGGGUAAUUCCCAGCUGAGGUCAGCACGCAUGUCCCCAUCAGAGGUCCAGGUGGAGGCUCCAUCAACACCUGUGGGUCUCUUUUUGAUGGCAUGGUCUAAGGGGCAACAGUGAGACUCUGGGGACCUUGUGGGUCCUAGUCUGGCUAGCUAACAUCCCACGGGCUGAGCAGGGGCUAGGCUGAGACUGCCGUUCAAAUUCCUUCACCACUUGUCCAGGCCCAGGAUGUUGUCCCUAGCCCCUCCUCUAUCCAGAGUUCAGGCUGCUUGGGAUAAGAAAGGCCUGGGGAUCCCUUGUUAGAUUAACGAACUCAAGAAUCCCCUAACUAUAAACAACUCUGCUUUGGAGGAACAUAUUGUCUUAUCCCUUGAAAUUGCAGGCUGCACACACAACCAUGAGGGGUCACUGGGGAAAGAGCAGUCAUGGUCUUGUAUUCUAGGUAUACCCAGUGUGUGUGUGGGGGGGGCACCCAGCAAGCUCAGGGCCCCUGAAGAUAGCCACUCCCAAGGUCUGUCUUUCCUUCCUUCUUGUGUGGCUACUACUCACCCUCCAUGACAUCUGUGACUGAAAAUUCCCAGACUUCCCUUCACAAUACUCCCUCCUUCUCUUCCAUAGUUUACUUAUGACCCUUUGACUUGUCUUUUGUGUUCACAGCUGUCCCUUAGCAACCAGCAGAGUGCCAACACUUGAGAACAGGAGUGAGCCCUCUUCCUUCCCGCUUUCACGACCACAUGUUUGCAUACGGCAGGUGCUUAGACUAGAUCCAUUGGACAGAAUCAAAGCUUUUUUUUUUUUUAAUCUGUGGCUACACUUUUCCAGAGAGUCUGCUCCACUGCCUCUUGGAAUAUUUUCAAGAUUCCAGAGGCUAAAAAUAUCAUCCCAAAGCUAUUGAAGGACUCUUCCAUGUAAGGAGCCGAGUUGAGACUACGGAAGCUGAAAGUUUAUGACCACCAGGUGGCGCCCUAACCCACACAUCUCCGGAUGCCUUUUUAAGAUGGAAGCAUUCUCUUCCCUUCCUCCUGUUGUCUCCCUGCUCACAGAAAUGCCCUCUUCAGUCCAGCAGCCGGAUUCAGCAGCUAGAAGCUGGUCAGGGUCUCAAGCCCAGUCAAGGGCACUGAGUACAUACCUCCAGGUGCUUCUGAGUUAGGAUCAGAACGUGCAGGUUUGGAUUCCAGCGUGACACAGACUGUUUCUUUGGGCAAAUCACUUUUCUGGGUCCCUGCAAGAAUAGAAAACAAAACACAGAUAAUACGUAAAAAUAUCUGGAUUGUAGAGGUGGAGUCAGCUCCAUCCGGGUCCUCCUGAGUCUCCAGCAGCUCCUGGAACGUGGUUAGAUUUCAACCUUCUGAGCCUGCUCCCUAUCAGUGAGUGGAUCAGCGCUAAGAACAAGUACUCGACAGUGUUGGUAACUAACCAUCAACUGGAACAGUAAAUACAACUUCUUGCCACAGGGCCGAACACAGUAAACAUUCUGUUCCCCAAACCACAUAUAUCAUGUGUUCCUGGCCUCUAAAAUGGAGCUCAAUGUUUAAUAAGCACUCUGUCUGCCUGCUGCCCGAACAAUUUUACAGAUGAAGUAAUCAGAUGCAGAGGGUUGGCAGCCCCUCCUCCAUGCCCAGCUACAGAGUACUAAGGCAAUGGCAGGCUGACUCCAGGGCUAUGCUGUCUUAUGUAGGUGUGGCUGUUAUAUACCACAAUUUAAGCAUUUUCACAUGCAUUGGGGGCUUUCCUGAGUAGUGUAUACAGGCUGGGGUGGCACUGAUAGGCCAAAGCUCUUUUCUUCAAAGUAGAGCCAGGCCGCUGAAAAAGGGACCUGUUGUGUCAGGCCGGGGGACACUGAGUUAAGAACCAGGAUAUGAAGGGGGAGCUCUACAGUGUAGAAUCAGCUGGAGGUCUGAGGCAGACAUUGUCCCAAAGACAAAUGUGGCUUGCUUAGGUCCAGUACUGUUCCUGUAGCCACUUGGCAAGCAACUCCAUUUGUAUGUACUGAGGGUCUCCUAUAUGGCAGGCCCAGCAAAGAUGGAGAAGCCCGGCUAGACCGUGGUUUAUGACAUAGUAGACUCAAGAACCACUGCAGAGGAAUGGUUCAAAGCGAGGCCUAGACAAGCAAUUAUCAGCAUGGGAAGCUGGACCCAAAGCCAGUAGUGCUUAAACUGGACAUUGUCUACCAGCUCAGGAGGGUUUGGAAAAUGAAGGACAUUCUGAGUCUAUGCGGGAAACUUGCAAGAAGUGCCCGAGUUUGGGCAUGGGUGGGGGAAGGAAGUGGAAAAAACAAGAAAUUGGAAGUUGUCUGGGCACAGAUUACGCAAUAUGCCACACUGACAAGACACAGCUCCAUACUGUGCUCAGUGAGGAAAAGUACUGCUAAGAGCUAAGAAUAGCCAGGUCUGUUUCAGAACGCGGCUGAAGUAUGAAGGUUGGCUCCCGGGGUGUGGUGUGUGUGUGUGUGUGUGUGUGUGUGUGUGUGUGUGUGUGUGUGUAGAAGCCAUCAUUGGUUUCCUGGUCUGAACUCCUCUAGACUUUAGGAAAAUGAAGAAAAUAACUGUUCUGGUCUCUUAUGUUGUUGGAGGCUCACAUGAGAAUGCACGUAGAGCGUGGUCCCUGUAAUGCCAAUAAACCGUGGCACCAUUAGUCUUUGCCAUCUGGAUGAACAGUUAAGCACACAGGGCGUGCUGUCUCUUAGACCCAGGCCUGUGCCCUGGCCAUAAUAGGUGGCAUAUUUUUAAUCUAAGCAUGACACAAAGAUGACCAGGAAGGAAUGGCCAAAAGUGUUUGGCAUUGCUGUGCUCUGUGAGCCGUGGGUGAGGUAGCCAGGCCUCCAGUGAGUGAUGGUUCCUUACUCUGACCAAGAGAAUUUCAUGGCUAGACAGUCUGAGCCCAGCUUUGGACAGGGCCAAGUUUGUGGUGGCCAAGUAAAGGGUACUGAGGGUGUCCCAGAGAGAGCAGCUGUGAGCUCAGGCCUCCUGCUCACUUGUGGCGCCCAGGCACGCCAGGAGGCUUCCAUGGGAGAGACUUAUGUCUCCCUUCUCCUAUGACUGGAGAGAGGGUUAAUCAUGGGGGUUCAGACACAGGCUGGGAGAACGCUGUUGUAGCCAGUUUCCUUCAUGGAAGACCAGCCAUGCCCGGGAGGCAGGGCGAGCUGGGGUGUCUCCAGAUGUGGCAAACUUGACCCAGCAGCGCAGGCAGCCUGGGCAGAAGGCCUGCCAUGGGCUAGGGGGUGCGAGCCUUCAGCCCUGGCCGGAGGAUGAAGGAAUGGAGAAAGGGGGGCGGGGGGAGCCAGGAUGAAGGGCGCGACGGCAGGAAGCAGAGAGGCGCGAGCAGGGGUGGAGACCGACGGGGGACGGCCAAAGAGCGGGUAGGAGGGCUGGAAAGAGAGAGAGAGAGAAAAGAGGAGGAGAAAGGGAAGGAAGGGUGGCAAGGAGAAGCAGGAGCUAGGAGAAGGACUCGGAGCAGAGUGAAUCGCGCAGGCCGCAGUGGGAGCAGCGGGGGCAGCCGGCUCGGAGCGGGCCGCCCCCGCGAGCAAGGCGCAGCCAUUCCGCUGCUCGGGGCGCCGCCGCCGCCGCCGCCGCGUCCGGGGGCCAUGCUCCCGCCGCCCCCGCGCCAGCCGCCGCCCCAGGCGCGCGCGGCCCGCGGAUCCCUGCGCCUGCAGCGGGCCUUCCUGCGCGGCCCGUUGGGCGUGCUGCGUCUGCUGCAGCUGCUGGCCGGAGCAGCCUUCUGGAUCACCAUCGCUACCAGCAAGUAUCAGGGCCCCGUGCACUUCGCGCUCUUCGUGUCGGUGCUCUUCUGGCUGCUCACCCUGGGGCUCUACUUCAUCACGCUGCUGGGCAAGCAGGAGCUGGUGCCCGUGCUGGGCUCGCGCUGGCUCGUGGUCAACGUGGCGCACGACCUGCUGGCGGCCGCUCUCUAUGGGGCCGCGACGGGCAUCAUGAUCGACCAGACGCAGCGCCACAGCUACUGCAACCUCAAGAGCUACCGGCUGCCUUGCGCCUACCAUGCCUUCCUGGCGGCCUCCGUCUGCGGCGGCCUCUGCCUCGGCCUCUACCUGCUCUCGGCGCUCUACGGCUGCUGCCGUCGCUACCAGGGCAAGGAGGAGGUGGUGUGAGGCCGCCCACUCCCCUGCGGCCCAGAUCGGUGCGGGGAUCCCUCCCGAGCCCUUCCUGCCGCCGCCGCCCCGUGCCGGUGUGUCCCUGCACCCUCUCCCUGCCUGUGUUUUCACUGCCCUCGCCCUGGAUUUCCGACGUUCAGUUCCAGUCUGACUGCUGCACCGCAGCUUAGCCCAGAUAUCAGCUUCCAGGGACCAGCGCAGCUAUCCGAGGCGCUGACGCACACACUCAGACGGGCUGCCCCAGGCGAAGCCUGGAAGUCCCUUUCUCCAUUCCUUGUCGAGAGCUCGACGUGGACAGGCGCCGCCGCGUAGAUCCGGGGGAGGCUCCCAAAUUGGAACCAGUCUUUGGACUGCGCCACUGCCCCCUCCCUCCGGCCCUGCACUCGAAAGAGCAUCCCCUCCUGCCCCCUCUUCCAGCCUGGGGUGGUGUAGAAUGCAGCCAGGCAGCUAGCUGCAAGUGGAGCUGGGGACAGGCCUUAGCUGGUGCCGGAAUGAACGACGUCUUUAGUUGUAGUUUGGAUUUCUCCCCGCGCAGCCAGCCCUACAUCAUCCAAGUCUUUGGGUGGGGCCGGCCACAGGAGUGGUGCAUGGCAAAGGCCCGCUAGCUGUACCUUACUAAACAACGCGAGUCUCUCCGCGUUUAUCCUUGGGGUUCAUCCAGACCAGGCCAAAUGCACUAAAUUCCCUGGCCUCUCAGAUGUCAUCACCGGCUUCUGCUGCACCUCACCCUUAAAUAUGUUUGUAUUAGGGGUCCUCCGUGACUGUUAAGGUGAUGCCCACCCCUUUGGGGACCCAGAUCCCGAUCUUGGGAACCGCCAUUUUCACAUAAGAACCACAUUUUCCCCUCUAAAGCAGUAGGUUAUCUAGGGAGCCAUUCAGGUGCUACCUCGGGAAGAAGGCUGAGAAGGCAAAAGGGUCUGUCAAUGGUGCUGUCUUCCCGUGCAGAUUCACAAUGUUAGUAUAAGGUCUCUGAGAAAUCCCACAGGUACACGCCCACACAUGGUCAUUUAGUUUACUGAAUUACUACUACUGGGCCUGAGCCAUUCCGACCUCAAGAUUGGCCCGUGUUGCGUAGGUCAUUCCCACAGUUUGACCCACUGAAGAUUGGGAAGCUCCUCUCUCCCUGGGAGUUUCUCUAACUGGGGGUCCACCCAAUGACAAAAGAGCUGGAUGCCCUUCACCAGCCAGAGACCUGAGAACUGUUGAAUAUUCUUUCACAUAGUUGGAAAAAUGAAGCUAAGGAUACCCAGGUGGUCUUCCAGUCAAAACGACAGUCAUUUGUAAGAGAUCCUGGCAUUGACUCUGAGCAGCUGGUGGGGUGAGCUCUGCCACCAAAAUGAGAACUCUCUGGACCUGGGGUGGACAGCUGGUGCCACCUCUAAGGUACAAGAACACAGAGAUGCAUUUACGGAGCGCUGUCCAAGGACAACAGCGGCAGGCUGCGGAUCCACAGACACAUCAGUCAAAGAGCUAGAAGAGGACACCAGAUCUUUGUCGACUCAUAGAUGGAGGCAUGUUUGAGACCUUCAGCUUACUAUGUGGGUACUGAAAUCUGAACUCUGGUCCUCAUAACUUCUUAGUAAGUGCUCUUCACUGUCAAGCCACCUCUCUAGACCCUGCUAACAUUUCAAAUGAUUUAUUUAUUUUUAUUUUAUGUGUUUGAGUGUUUUGUCUGUCUGUAUGUAUGUGUACCACGUGUGUGCAGUGCCUGUGGAAGUCAGAAGAGGGCGUGAGAGCCCCUGGAACUGGAAUUAUAGAAGGUUGUGGGUCACCAUAUAAAUGCUGGGAACCAACCCCAGGUCCUCGGCAAGAGCAGCAAGUGCACUAACUGAUUAGCCACCUCUCAGUGCCCGCCCCCAACUAACAUUUUUUUUUUUUUUUAGGUUUUUCGAGACAGGGUUUCUCUGUGCAGCUUUGCGCCUUUCCUGGAUCUCGCUCUGUAGACCAGGCUGGCCUCGAACUCACAAAGAUCCGCCUGCCUCUGCCUCCCAAGUGCUGGGAUUAAAGGCGUGAGCCACCACCGCCCGGCCAACUAACAUUUAAAAACCAUUAUUAUGUAUGUGUGUAUAGUGUUUGUGUGUGUGUGUAUGUGUGUGUGUGUGUGUGUGUGUGUGUGUGUGUGUGUGUGUGUGUGUGUGUGUGUGCAGGUGUGUAUUGUGUGUCAUAGCUCAUGGGUGGAGGCCAGAGGACAAUCUUUGGGAGUUGGUUCUCUUCCUCCACCAUGGGACUGGGGGACUGAAUUCUGCUCUCGGGUUUGUACAGCAAGUGCUCUCACUCACCUAGGCAUCUUGCCAGUCCACACUUUAAACAUGCUGGGAAUUUCUAUAUUUUAGAGCGUUUUAUUUCUCCCCUGUGAAGUUGCUCCUAAUUAUCCCUGCUUUAUAGCUGGAAAUAGCAACUAAGUAUCUCCUGCAACGUGGAAUCCUCCCACCUUACUCAGGUUGGGCCUGGAAAGCAGAACUUUACAAAAUUCCUCCAUUCUUAAGCAUUUCAUUUUGAGGUAACUGUAAACUUACGUAGUUAUAAGAGUGUACCAGUACUUUGUCAUCGAGACCGCCAGCCCGCAAAUACUAGGCUUGUCCCCAACUAGCGCUUAUAACUUAAAUCAACCCAUUUAUAUUAACUUACAUUCUGCCAUGUGGUGUUACCUCAUCUCUGUACUGCCCAUCCUACUUCCUCCACGGCUGGCUGGUGACUCUCCACGCACCCAUAUUCCUCCUCCUCCUCCUCCUCCUCCUUCUCCUCUCUCUCCCCGGAAAUCCCACCUAUCCUAUUGGCUGUUCCUAAAUCCUAAAUCCCAUCUAGCUAUUGGCUGUUCCACUCUUUAUUACACCAAUCACAGCAACACCUCAUCAUACGCUGCACACAUAUUCCGAAACAUAAGAGAUCCUGUGAGCAUCUUGCAAUCUUGCAAUCCCUUCCCCCUUUCUCACCACACCUACAUGCCAGUGCUCUAGCUCCUGGAGACAUUGAUAUAGGAGGAGGCCAAGACAGGGUCAUAUCCUGGAUGCUAGUGUUAUCCUGGGCACUAAGAUGGACAAAGAAAGAGCAGUGACGUGUCCAGUGUUGCCAAGCGCUCCUGCAAGGAAGACUGGAAGUGUCCAUUGGGUUUAACAGCCAGAACACCGCAGGUGACCCCGGAAGACAGGAUGACAGUUGGUGAGGGGUGUGCAGUAGAGUGCAGCAAGUCAGAUGGGGAAAGGAAAAAGGGGUAAAGAAGACAUUUCCUGUGGAUCUUGAAUCUAGGAUAAGGGGUGUUAGGGAGGGAUUUCGGAGCCCGUGGAACAGUGACAGGCCUUAAGGAAGUGAGAAGAGUUGGGAUUCCCAGUACAGCUGAGUCCUGGCUGGAGGAGCAAGCACGUGUAGUGGGUAGCCAUUCCAGCUUUGAUCUGGAAGUUCCAACCCCCAUGGAGGCUUCGGUAACUGUCUGGAGACCCGAGAUCAGGAUGCGCCGGCUCUCUUGGUUCCUGGACCCUGGACGCUGGCGGUAGACUGAGCAGAGUUUUCUAGAGAACACCGCCGGACUGCGCUACACCUUUCCCAGACCCUGUUACCUAUCCCUUCACUUGUGAGUUACCCCACAAAAUAAACCUCCCUUUUAACUAUGUGAAGUUGUCUUAAUAAUUUCACCAAUAAGCAUGCCUGUCUUUCUGAAAAAGAGAUGCUGGAGGAGUUGGCAAUAAAACUUGGGGCUGUUCAGAGAGGGUGGUUAUCGCUAGCAGGCCGCCUGGGAGGCUGCAGACAUCUGACUCCUGCUAAGAUGACUUGUUUGGACUUGGAUGGAAAGAAGAAGCAGGGCAGGCGGGUGUGACGGCAAUUUGAGGAGUUGGCACGAGUCCAGGGCCUUUGUAGGUAACAGGAGAGGGUUCAGCUGGCUGAGAUUGAUGAGCUUGAAAGGGAGCCGCAGGGGUGAUGAGGCUAGUAGAUGCAGACUCGUGUGGGUGGUGUUAUGGUUGGGGUUACUGGGAUCCAGUGAUAUAUCUGGCUCAAAUCCCAGUUCCAAGAGGUCUAUGUGCUGUGACAUUAAAGAAGUUACUUACCAUGACUCAAAUUCCUCAUCUGUGAAAUGAUAACCCCAAAAGGGUUAUUGAAGGAGGAUCAGAUAAGAAUGUGCGCAAAAAGCUUAGUGUACUGCCUGGCUGCUGAUUAAUGCAAACUCAUGGGAUGUGUGUUUUAAGGGACACCAACUGGGUCACAAGAUGCGAAGAGGACUGAGGUGGGAAAGGCCUACACAGGACCUUGAAGACAGCAGCUACCCACCACAAUUCUGUCUCUACUAGGCAAUUGACAUAGAAGAUGUGUUUUCUGC